UACUCGCAUAAGUCUUAAUACACAAAAUUACUUCUCGAGUUCUGUCAUAUUUGGCUGCUCUGUUCAAACGCAGAUAGUUCUUACUUUGAUUAAGUUUGAGAAAAAGAGAAAGAGAUGAGAAGUAAUAGUCUAGAUUGAACUUAAAUAUUAAACAUCAGUGCUUGUUUUUUUACUUUCAUUGAUUUAGUGCCUUUAUUUAAAACGAUGUUUUCUAUUGCAAAUUUUGCUAAGAGUUAAUAUUAUUCCCCAAGAUUUUUUCCGGAUAUAGCCCAACGACAAUUUACCAAUCCUUCAAAAGAAGAAGAUUUUUCAAAAAAAUUUUAUCAUUUAUUUUUUGCUUACAACCAAACCUUUGGCUGUUUUAAUUAACAAUAUACACUUAAUUUCUUAUAGUUUACUUGUCUGAGACGCAAAACUUGCAUUUCUGCUAUGACUGCAUCUCCGUUGACGGAAUCAGGUUUUCACAGUUCUUCGAAUCCCGCCAACUUGACAGAUUACACUGCAGAUGAAACGCAGCCGUUGAAUUUAAUUCCGAAACAAGAGGAGUCAACAAAACACGAUCUCUCUCUGUUGAGAAGAAUAACAGUUGUGGCAGUUGUCGCUACUCUGGCUGCCUUUGAGGGUCUUUGCAUGUCACUUCCGGGACCAUUUUUUCCUGCGCAAGCCAAAGAUCACGGACUGUCACAGUCGCAGAUUGGAAUCGUAACUGGAUCACUGGAAUUCUCUUGCCUGUUCGCCUCAUUUAUUGUCGGAAGUCUCACAACACCAAAAAGCACCAACUUCGUGUCAAUCAGUGGAACGUUUUUAUGCUCAUUUGCCAUUGCCAGUUUUGGAUUACUGAAUUUCAUGCCAGCGUCUCGUUUAUAUUUCGCACUAUGUAUCUUAGCCAGAGCAAUAAAUGGAGUAGGUGUUGCAAUGACAUACGCAAUGCUAACACCGAUACCGCUUAAGUGCUUUCCAGAACAAGCAGGCCUGAUGGCAGCUAUAAUAGACACAAUAUUUGCUCUUGGCAUGUUUUCUGGUCCUAUUAUCGGAAGCGUCCUAAUUGUUUUUGGAGGGUACCAUGCAGCUUUUUUGUUUGCAGGUGGAAUGGAGGCUAUUUUUUCAUUUUUUGCCGUUUUUGUUUUCCCAGCCGCAUCAAACUCCAGCAAAAACAGAAAACAAUCUAGUAAUUGCGGCGACUACUUGAAGUUCCUGGGAUCUUUUCCUGCAGUGAGUGCUAUUAUACCCUCGAUUGUAGUUUUUUUUAUAUCGGGCUUUCGGGAUGCUGCUUUCUCGCUACAUUUUCACGAUGCAAUCGGAAUUCAAUUAGACCACAUGGGUUUUGUGUUCAUAGCAACACCGAUUGCGACAGGAGUUACAGCUGCUGUUGGCGGAAUUAUAGUGGACCAAGGAUAUGGAAUUUUCCUUAACAUAUUCUCGGAAGUCUUGAUACCGAUUACGACAUUCGCUAUGUUCUUGCCAUAUUUUGUACCUGAACUGGAAACUACGGGUUGGGCGAUGAUUUCACUAGCAGUGAGUGGAAUGUCACUUGCUGGAAUUAUAAACCCUUUCCACCUGAUUAUUCAAAAGAUAGCUCUUAAACGUGGAGCUACAAGCAUCGACCAGGUGCGAACGGAUGCAUCGUUUAGUUUUAUCAUCAUGAUGUCUUCGGGGCGAAUUUUGGGAGCCACCGUUUUUGGAGGAUUUCUGAACGAAAGUUUAGGAUUUUAUUUUACCAGCCUGAUUUACAGCAUUAUUGCAAUCAUUACAACAUCAUGGCAUGUUCUAUUUUUGUUCCAAAAUGGCUUAUUAGGGCGAAUAUAUUACCCCACGAGCCUUUAGAGAAUGAAGAAAGGCUGUAACAAUUUGAAUAAUUUCAUUUUAUAAUUUUGCUAACACUCGUUUUUAGUUUCAAAAAAUACAAAAAUUAUACCAUUAA